AUGGUUAGAAUGAGUGUACUUGUGGAGAAUGCGGAUUUUCUACCAAUUGAACCUAAAAAUAUUAUAAUUAUGGGUGAUAGUGCAGGUGGUGGUCUAACAAUUGCAACAUUACUUGCUAUACGUGACUCAAAAAACUCAUUGCCUAUUCCAGCUGGAGCUGUUGUGUGGUCACCAUGGGUUGAUUUAGCUCACACGAUGCCAUCAAUAAAAGAUCCAAGACUUAAUGAAACAGAUAUACUGUCAACUGAUACUAUUCAUAAAACAAUAUCUCCUCCGUGGUGGGAAGAAUUUGAACAAAAGGCAAAAGAAUUAUCAGAAAAAAUCCAAUUAAAUGUUGACAAUAAACCAAAAUUUUGGCAUAAAUCAUUUGAACAUGAUGGUCGUUUACAAUUUUAUGUGUCUAAUGAAGGAAUAGCAAUUCCGUAUGUUUCUCCAUUAAUUGCCGAAAGUUUAGGUGGUUUGCCACCAAUAUUAGUGCAAACAGGUGAUGGAGAAAUAUUAAGAGAUGAGAAUAUCUAUUUUGCUUAUAAAGCUGCUAAUCCAGAAAAAUACAAUUUGCCCCAUUACAAUGCUGAAAAAUUUAAAAAUUCGCCUUAUAAAACACCUACAAAAGUUGUUCUUGAAGUUUAUGAAGAAAUGCCUCAUGUCUUCCAUCUAUUACUGAACCUCCAUUCAUCACCAAAUAUGGCCGUUAAACGAACAGCUGAAUUUAUUGAACAAUUAUUAUCAGGCAAAGAAAAGAAGCAAGAAUUAGAAGUCUUACGUGUAACAAGUAAAGGCAAAAUCAUUGAAGAGCUGAAAGAAGAGCAUUACAAGAUACUUGAAUGUGAAAAUAUUGGCGUUGUUUCAUCUAAUAUUGAAAAGGAUUAUUGUACUAGACCUAACGAUGACAAUGACAAUAAAUUGUAA